UUACUUCAUCUCACCAGCACCCCAAAACUACCGCGUUUAAUCCUCCGUCACUCUCAACCAACCCACCUUCAUAAUCCGCCGUAGCCGCCACCUUAAACAACCAUGAAACAAUACCCACAACCCUCACCAGUCAAGUUCAUCACUUACCAAAGCUUCUUCCUCAACCUCUUAGUCAGCUUCCUCCUCGUCGGCUUCGGUCUCGCCGUUGGUGUUUCCCUCAGUCUUUAUCUCAGGGAUAUCUCCUUGUAUUUCCAAUCCUAUUCCGUUCUCCAACCCUCUCCUCCUCCGCCUCCGCCGCCGCCGAUACCGAUGCCUCCUCCGCCGGCCGUCGUGGAAAGGGGACGAGAAGGGUUGCGCGAAUAUCUGAAACCGCCGAAAGCAAUGCAUGACAUGAACGACGAAGAGCUGUUGUGGAGAGCUUCCAUGGCGCCGAGGAGAGAUACGGCGUCGUAUCCGUUCAAACGGACGCCGAAGGUAGCGUUCAUGUUCUUGACAAGAGGGCCAUUGCCGUUUGCUCCUCUGUGGGAAAAAUUCUUUAAAGGUCAUCAAGGGUUUUACUCCAUUUACGUUCAUUCCAGUCCUAAUUUCACUGAUGACACGCCUCCAGAUUCGGUUUUCCAUGGAAGAAGAAUUCCUAGUAAGGAGGUUGAAUGGGGAGGAACCAACAUGAUCGAAGCAGAACGUCGGCUACUCGCCAACGCCCUCCUCGACAUUUCCAAUCAGCGAUUCGUCCUCCUCUCAGAAUCCGGAAUCCCACUUUUCAACUUCACCACCACCUACUCCUACCUCGUCAAUUCCUCCAAAUCCUUCGUCGAAGUCUACGAUCAGCUCGGCCCCGUCGGCCGCGGCCGCUACUCCCGCCGCAUGCGGCCCAUAAUCAACCUCCAUCAAUGGCGCAAAGGCUCCCAGUGGUUCGAAAUGGACCGUUCCCUCGCCCUCCGCGUCGUCUCCGACACCACCUACUUCCCCCUCUUCCAACAUUACUGCAGGGGCAACUGCUACUCCGACGAGCAUUACUUACCCACUUUCGUUAGCAUCAAAUUCUGGGAAAUGAACUCUAAUAGGACCUUGAUGUGGACUGACUGGUCUCGGGGAGGGCCUCACCCGACCCGAUAUCAGCGAUGGAGGGUGACGACGGAGCUUUUGCAGAGGCUGAGAAAUAGCGGCGGCGAUUGCGAGUAUAAUGGUGGGAAGACGAAUAUUUGCUUCUUGUUCGCUAGGAAGUUUGACCCGAAUAGUUUGAACAGGCUUUUGGUGUUUGCUCCCAGGGUCAUGCACUUUUAGUUUUCUACA